CUUUACGAAACUUGGUCGAAUUAGACGAAUGUGAGAUGAAACCCGGCUUCUGCUGCCGCCCGUGCAUCCACCGGAUCGUUGGCCGAGGAUCUCGUAGAGGCCGUGUAGAGGGAAAAAUCAUAGGCAGUUAAACGAAUUUAGUGCUACUUAGUGUUUGCCUGCACGCAGAAGUGUAUAGAGGGCGGUGAAUGAGGUUCUCAGCUUUCUUAUUUAAGGAAAGAAGGAAACAUGGCUCUCGCGUUUGCAAAGAAGUCUUGGAGUCAUGAAGCACAGCGGCCCAUAACCCAGCUCAUUGGUACCUGUUUAUUUGCUUAAAGCUUUCUGUAGUUUGCAGCGUUAGAAAGUUGUGUGUAAGGUCUCAGUAAGGGUGCCAAUUGUUUGUGAAGCAGGGGGGUUAUUUCAGAGCAGGGUUGGUGCAAUACACGAGGCUCAGCUAGAUGGAAUAACGUGUUUAAUUUGCUCAUGCUCGAAUGCUUAGUAAAUUUAAACUGAAUUCUAUUUCCUAUCUCUAGGACAGCACGAAGCCGCGUUCAUUUUUUUACUCUGUUUGCCGAUACCGCACCACUGAGGAAGUUCUUGGCGAAUGCUGGAAGGAAAAGGUACUUCCUGACUUUCAGUAGUAGAGAGAAACUAAGGACUUUGAAGAUAGAUGCCUGUGGCCCCUUGCUUGGCAGAAACAAUGCUGCAGCGAUGAGAUUAUAGUGAGCCCUUCCUGUGUGGCUUCCAUGGGUCCCACUCAACUCAGCACACAGGAUCAUGGGAAGAGGGUGGCAAGUGUAUUUGAAAUGGAGGAGGAAGGGCUUGCACUCUUCCCUGGCUCAGAGAACCCCCCUGAGCAUGCAGAAAAUCCCCCCUUGAAGCGGAAGAAGGGCCCAGCCCCUAAGAUGCUGGGAAAUGAAGUGUGCAGCGUAUGCGGGGACAAGGCCUCCGGCUUCCACUACAAUGUGCUGAGCUGCGAAGGCUGCAAGGGCUUCUUCCGCCGCAGCGUCAUCAAGGGCGCGCAGUACGCCUGCAAGAACGGCGGCAAGUGCGAGAUGGACAUGUACAUGCGCCGCAAGUGCCAGGAGUGCCGGCUGCGCAAGUGCCAGGAGGCCGGCAUGCGGGAGCAGUAUGUUCUGUCUGAAGAACAGAUCCGACUGAAGAAACUGAAGAAGCAGGAAGAUGAUCAGGCUCGGACAGUUGUGGUGCGUCCAAACCCUCCAAAUCCGCCAAGCCCCUCCCACAAACUGACGCCGGAACAGCUGAGCAUGAUAAAAAAGCUCGUGGCCGCUCAGCAGCAGUGCAACCAGCGCUCCUUCACAGACAGGCUCAAAGUGACGCCAUGGCCCCAGAUUCCUGAUCCAAAUAACCGUGAAGCAAGGCAGCAGCGUUUUGCUCACUUCACAGAACUUGCAAUUAUCUCUGUGCAAGAGAUCGUGGACUUUGCCAAGCAAUUACCUGGCUUCCUGGAACUCACCAGGGAAGAUCAAAUUGCUUUACUGAAGACAUCUACCAUAGAGGUGAUGUUGUUGGAGACAUCUCGGCGCUACAAUCCAGAGAUUGAGAGCAUCACCUUUCUUAAGGACCUGAGCUAUAAUCGGGAUGACUUCGCCAAAGCAGGUCUGCAGUUUGAGUUCAUUAACCCCAUCUUUGAGUUCUCAAAGGGAAUGAAUGAGCUACAGCUUAAUGAUGCUGAAUAUGCACUUUUAAUUGCCAUCAAUAUUUUCUCUGCAGAUCGACCGAAUGUGCAGGACCAGUCCCUGGUGGAAAGGCUGCAGCACACCUAUGUGGAAGCACUUCAUUCUUACAUUUGCAUCAACAGACCAAAUGACCGUUUGAUGUUUCCACGGAUGUUAAUGAAGCUGGUCAGUCUUCGGACACUGAGCAGUGUCCACUCUGAACAGGUGUUUGCCCUUCGGCUGCAGGAUAAGAAACUCCCACCCCUGCUCUCAGAAAUCUGGGAUGUGCAUGAGUGACUGCAUGCUCCCAGGGCACUGACAUGCUGACAUAAUGCCAUCUCCCAGCCUUUGCUAACGAGAAGCCAGCCUCCCCUCUCCAAAGCACUGAACCCUGGGCUGGGCAUGCAGGGAGUGAUGAGCCUGGGGUUUCAGUGUUGCCAUGAGACUAUGCAGGAGGCAGCUGGGCUAGAUCAGAUGGAGGGGUUGGUUUCGAUGUAGUGCCCAUACCCCAAAGGAAUAACAUGAAACAUUUGAAAACGGUAGAAAUGAAGACCUUUCCCCCUGCCCCUCAACUCCUUUUUCUUCAGAGUCUUUCUCUUCUCUAAGCAUAUGCUGAGGGUUUUCCCCAUUGAUCCUCUUGCUGAUUAUGAAAAUGAAUUUGCAGGAACUUGCCAAAAGCUCUCUGUUGAGAGUAACCCAGCUCAAAAGGCUUCUGCAGGGUCCCCAGUGUACCUGGAUCUGAGGAGCUCAGGGAAGUCAGUGUGGAUGUUCUAGGGGUUUCACUGGGUUUCCUAUAAAUAAAAUCUCUUGAAUGUGCUGCCCUUUACAAUGAUUCCAAGAGAAGUAGCUUUUAUUUCUUUAUUAUGAGACUACAUCUCUAGAGCUGCCCUUUAUUCUGGCUCUCCUUUGGAAAAAGGAUUCCUGUAAUGUGUAGUGCCCUUUGUCUAACAAGGAGGUCCUCUGGGUAGGGAACAUUGUGUAUCAAAAAGAUGUCAGGCAUAAAGUAGUGGAUUUUUUUUAAUGUAAUGCAUCGUGGUUUUAUCUCAUGGCGGUUCUCAGCUCAAUUUACCUUUGAUUUGCUAACAGCUGGACAACUUUAGUUCAAAACAAAUCAGGGCAUAGAUUUUAUCUUUAGGGGUGGAAUAGAAGGAAGAUAGGUGGGUAGGCCUCGUACCUAGGUAAGGUGGGUGUGGUGGAAAGAUCUCAAAAACUUACAAGAAUCUGGAGCAUGUGGUAUGUGUUCCAAGGUGGGUGUGAAGAUGUAUCGACCAAGGAGAGAGGACACACUGCAUUUAGUGAAAUAAUGUGGGCAUUGCAUAAGCUGUGGGCUGCACAACUCUCAGAUCACAGGCAGCAGGAAUAUUGGGUGUAAUCAGAUCCACUUGCAUCGUCUUCCUUUUGCCAAAGUCUUUCCAAGGUACUUGCUCAAGGUUUCAGUGGUGAUCACGGGAUAUGGAGGUCCUUCGUGUAUGAGGAGUGCCAACUCCUUCAGAAGAAUACUUGGGUCUUGUAUCCUUUCUUCACUUUGGGCAUUGUGAGAUCCACACUGGAUUUAUGGCCCAAGUUUUAAGUAUCCACAUCCAUAAGUAUUCUAGGAUUUACAGCAAUAUUUUGUCUGGCGGAAUAGAAAUAUACUGUUUUAAACAUGUUCCUUAUUUUCCAAGAAAAAAGAUCUUAUGGCUGAUCUCAGAGAUGUAACCUUAAAUAUCCUGGUAGCUUGGUCUCAUGACUCUUCUCUGUCAUAGGGGUCUAUGUUUGCUUGCCCGGUGAGCAUCCCAAGAGCAUAGGUUCACAUGGCUCGGGGUUUUGUUGUCUGUCUGUUUUUUGGUUUGUUUGUUGUUUUUUUUGGCUGUGUAUCUGAGCGCUAUGCCCGUGGUGAGGGUAUCGUGUCCAUUUUGCACUUGAGGUUGGUCCCCUGCCACUGGCCUUCACUCUGCACCUUUGUAAAGCACUUGUAACAAUCUGUAAAAUAAUCUGUUGUUUUUUAUAACUCAUUGCAAUUGCAAAAAUUCUUGUUUAAAUCUGUAUUUUUAACUAAUCUGUUUGAGAAAUGUUAAUGUUUAUAUAAAAGAAUAAAGCCUAAUACAGGA